AUGAACGACCAUAGCAUCGCCAAUUGGCUCCACACGACGGUCUCCAAAAGUGUCUUCAACACCAUCUAUGAACCGCGCACCUCCGCCUUCACAAUCUGGAACGACAUCGAAGGCCUGUUCCGCGACAAUGAACUCCAACGCAUGGUGUACUUGGAGGCGAACUUCCACACGCUACAGCAAGCCGAGCAAGUGCUCAACCUGCUGCGCAACCUGAACCCCAAGUACCGCCACCUCAAGCCGGUCAUCACUUCAAAGUUCCCACCGCACACCUUCCAGAGCACCCGCUCCUACCUACUGCUGGAGGAGCUCUGCGACAAGCGUGACGCCAAGGCGAAGUCUGGGCAGGCGUACCACACCACCCACGGCGGCUCCUCCACCGCCACCUCUUGGAACUCCGACAACUGCUCGGGCUCCGGCGGGUCCGGCAACAAGCAGAGCGGCAAGCGGACCUACCGCGGCUCCAGCUCCGGCCCCAACUUUGGUGGUGGCGGCUUCGGAUCUCGCGGCGGACAAGGCGGCAACAACAAUAGCGGCGGCGGCAGAGGAUCUUCCAAUGCGCACGGUGAUGCUCCGAUGUGA